CUUUGGUCGACCUAACAUGAGUUUGGUCCUGAUUGGCAAAGGCCUCUCAUCCUAACAUAUACAAACAACGCCUUCAAAAUUGUAAGUAGGGAACUUACCAGUGCUCUAGAUCUACAUGGCGACAUCACUCGGGAAACGCAGGCAAAGAGAAGAAGACGCACAACCCUCACUACCACACGGGUCCACACUAUUCGUAUCCAACCUCCCUUACGAUGCAACAUCCACCGACCUACAAACAACAUUCUCAGACCUAGCACCCGUGCGCUACGCUUUUGUCGUAUCCAAGAAAGGAUCUGGGGAAUCCAAAGGUUUUGGUUAUGUAUCCUUUUCUAUCAAGGAGGAUGCGCAGACUGCUUUCGAUACCGCGUCGACUGAGGGGAUCGAGAUCAACGGGAGGAAGUUGAGGGUCAAAUGGGCGGAUAAGAAGAUGGACAAGGACAAAUUUGAAAGCUCGAAGGAGCGCGUUGAAAAAGAUAAGUUUAGAAGCUCGAAGGAGCACGUUACAAAGGAGAAGAAGCGAGAGGCGAGAAAUCAAGAGGUGAAACCGCAGAAAGUGAUAAAGCAGGAGACAAAAAAACGCGAGCAGGAAGUACAAAAGCAGGAGGAAAAGGCGAAGCUUGAAGAGGUCAAUGAGAGUGACGCCGAAUCAGAUGAUGUUGAAGAGGGUGAUGUCAAGAUGGUCGACGUUGAACAUAAUGAAGCUGAGCCAAGUGGUGCUGAAGACGAAGAGGGGCAGUUGGGUCUUCAUGAAGACGAGCACAGCGACGAGGACGAGGACGAGGACGAGGACGAAGACAUCGAAGAUGACGACGAGAAAGAAGCCAUAAGUGUUGAACAUCAUCAACGUCCCAUGAAACUUCAGCUACCUCAAACGGACACAGGUACCACACUCUUCAUCCGCAAUAUCCCCUUUAUUGCUACAGAAGACGAACUACGGGCACUAUUCCGUACAUUUGGGGCUCUGCGGUACGCUCGAAUUACCGUCGAACCAGGCACCGAACGUUCGCGAGGCACCGGUUUCGUUUGCUUCUGGAAUAAAGAGGUCGCCGACAAGGUGAUUGAGCAAAGCGAGAUAUUGCGCGCCGAAACCAUGGGCUCGCAGCAACCAACAAAAAACCCAUUUACCCUGCCGUCGAUCUUAACACCUGACCCAUCUUCAGGCGUAGCUAAAAGUCUUGUACUUCAUGGUCGCACUUUGGACGUCGUGAGAGCUGUCACGCGGGAUCAAGCAGGUAAACUGAAGGAUGAAGGCGAGAGAAGACGAGAAAAGGCAGACAAAAGAAAUCUUUACUUGUUGCGUGAAGGAGUCAUCUUGCCCAAUACGCCAGCAGCCAGCACCAUACCACCCAUUGAACUGGAGAAGCGGACAAAUUCAUUCACUGCCCGCCGCACGAUGUUGCGGACAAAUCCUUCCUUAUACGUAUCGAAGACCCGACUCAGCGUUCGCCAGAUACCCCUAUUCGUCACUGAGCGGACUCUCAAACGCCUCGCCCUCCACGCUCUUCGUACAUUCAAAGAUGAAGUCCAAAAGGGAGAACGCAACGGUUUGACUCCCGAGGAGCUGGAAGAAGCUACCAAGGAAUCCGAUGAACCAGACGACUCUAGCACGAAACCGAAGGUUGGGAAACGAUCGCAGGGAAGCAAAUCCAAAGUCCAGCAAGCCAAAAUCGUGCGUCAACAUGAACGAGUAGAUCCUGUCACAGGAAAAGGUCGCAGCAAAGGUUACGGAUUCAUCGAGAUGCCGCGGCAUGCGGAUGCGCUACGCGUUCUUCGAUGGGCCAACAACAACCCUGCUGUUACGCCACUUCUGAGCACCUGGUGGAAAGAAGAGCUCGGAGAUCUCAUCAAGCUCGAGAAGGGAAAGGGGGAGUCUGAUGAAGCUAGACUGAAGCGGAUGAAAGAUGAGCUAGAAGGCCAGGUGAAAACACCUAAGGGUACGCUUAUUGUGGAAUUCUCCAUAGAAAACGUGCAGGUCGUCCAGCGAAGAGCGAACCAGAACAAGGAAAAACCGACAGCAUUUACACGCGUCCCAAAAAGCCACGGUGAAACAUCUCAAGAACCGCCUAUGAAGAAACGACGCGUUGUGGCUGAUGAACCGCCAGCGAAGCCUGUGAAAGAAGAACAUGGUAAUGGUAGUCAGAGCAUCGGCGCAGUCAUCGGUAGAAAGAGGAGGGAGCGCAAAGCUGCCAAGAAGGGCGGAAAGUAGCCCUCGAGUGCUGUCUUGAUGUGUUCUGUCCCUUUCUCGUAUUGACUUAUCCCGCUUAAAUUGACCACAGUAUCAUCAACUGUCAUAUCUUAUGUUGGGUCACCUACCGAAGGCUGAUAACAGUAUAAGACUCGCUGUGUUUUGAUCAUUGGGGGAUGCCAUAUGUAUCUGUGGCAGCGGGUUUGGAGCGGCCCGGGAGAGGCAAGCAGAAUUUAAUCCUACAGCUCUCACGGCCAUAAUAUCAAGGACUCAUCGAUAUCAAUCCACUGAUGCCGUGAUGCAUUAUUUUUAUGAUCCCGCCGUUAUCGAUGAAAGCACAC